CGGCGCUCAGUGUAUGAAGUGGAUGGAGUAUGAAUCGGAUCGCUGAUGAAUGCUAAACUUUGCCGUUUGCUGUAUAAUUAUACUUCUGUUACGGGUGUUGUGCGUCUUUUCAAAAAGAAUGAGAUUGCGUGAAGUGAAGAUGACGAACUGGUAAAAGUUGGAAAUACUUGAGUAAGGCAUUUUUUAAUGAAAAGAAGAGGCAACAUUUUUUUGCCUGCACUCAGUGUGGAAAGAGAUUGAUUGAGAUGCAAAGCAGCCGUAAGAUCCACAAGAUGGUACGCACUGGAGAGAAACCAUUCACAUGCACCCAGUGUGGUAAGAGUUUCAGACAUUCAUCAAACCUUAAUGAUCACAUGAUGGUCCACACUGGAGAGAAACCAUUCACAUGUACCCAGUGUGGUAGAAGUUUCAGACAAUUAAUACACCUUAAUAAACACUUAAUGGUCCAUUCUGGAGAGAAACCGUUCACAUGCCCCCAGUGUGGAAAGAGUUUCAGAAUAUCAUCCUCUUUUAAAAUCCACAUGUUGAUCCACACUGGAGAAAAGCCAUUCACAUGUACCCAGUGUGGAAUGAGUUUCAGACAUUCAUCAUCUUUAAAAAUCCACAUGAUGAUCCACACUGGAGAGAAACCAUACAUAUGUACCCAGUGUGGAAAGAGUUUCACAAUAUCAUCAUCUUUAAAAAUCCACAUGAUGAUCCACAAUGGAGAGAAACCAUUCACCUGUACCCAUUGUGGAAAGAGUUUCAGACAAUCAUCAAACCUUAAUAAACACCUGAUGGUCCACACUGGAGAGAAGCCAUUCACAUGUUCCCUCUGUAGUAAGAGUUUCAGACAAUUAUUACACCUUAAUCAACACCUAAUAGUCCAUACUGGAGAGAAACCAUUCACAUGUACCCAGUGUGGUAAGAGUUUCACAGACUCAUCAUCUUUAAAAAGCCACAUGAUGAUCCACGCUGGAGAGAAACCAUUCACCUGUACCUAUUGUGGAAAGAGUUUCAGACAAUCAUCAAACCUUAAUAAACACAUGAGGAUCCACACUGGAGAGAAACCAUUCAUAUGUACCCAGUGUGGGAAGAGUUUCAGACAAUCAUCACACCUUGAUCAACAUGUGAUGAUUCACACUGGAGAGAAAACACACAAAUGUGAUCAAUGCGGUAAAACAUUUGCAAGAGGUUCGCUUCUGAAGAUCCAUCUAAGAAUUCAUACGAAGGAGAAACCGUAUUCGUGUUCUGUAUGCGGGAGGAGUUUUGCACGGCAGUCAAAUUUAAGUCAACAUCAGAAGAUCCACACUGGUGUGAGAGAAUAUGUCUGCUUUGAGUGUGGGAAGACUUUUAUCACAGCUGAUGAUUUGGAACGGCAACAAAGGAUUCACACUGGAGAGAAACCGUACACGUGUUCACACUGCGACAAGACAUUCAGUGAGUUGGGAAACCUGAGAUCACAAGAGAGGAUUCACACUGGAGAGAAACUGUACAUGUGUUCACACUGCAACAAGACAUUCAGUCUGUUAGGAAAUCUGAAAAAACAUGAGAGGAUUCACACUGGAAAGAAACCCUGAAAGCAGGGCUGAGCCAGGGCUCGAAAUGAACCUUUUUGCUUGGCAGCACUGGCGCUUCUAGCUUCAAAAAUUUAGGAGCACCAGCCACAAUUUAGGUGCACCCACCAAAGAUUAUGAGUGCCAUUAAUGCAAAUUUUAUAUUAAUUGAUUGAUUUAUUAAUGAUAAACGCAGACAUUUUUUUUCGAUAUGCUAUAAUUGAUAAUGUAUUAGCUAUCUACCACUAACAACUAGGCUAAUAUGCAAAGAUCUGCUAUUCAAAAAUUCGUUUAUUCAUUCAUUCAUUUUUUUGAUGGCUUAGUCCCUUUAAUCUGGGGUCGCCACAGCGGAAUGAACCGCCAACUUAUCCAGCAUUUGUUUUACGCAGCAGAUGCCCUUCCAGCCGCGACCCAUCUCUGAGAAACAUCCACACACACUUAUUAACACACACAUACACUACGGACAAUUUAGCCUACCCAAUUCACCUGUACCACAUGUACCGCUUUGGACUGUUGGGGAAACCGGAGCAUCCGGAGGAAACCCACACGAACGCAGGGAGAACAUGCAGACUCCACAUAGAAAGGCUAACUGACCCAGCCGAGGCUCGAACCAGCGACCUUCUUGCUGUGAGGCGACAGCAGUACCUACUGCGCCACUGCGUCACCAAAAUUCAUUUAUAUUAGUUAUUAAAAAUACUAAUCUCCAUAUUAGCUCUGGUGCAUUAAAUAAUAAUUAAUAAUAAUAUUAAGAUUUUUUUUAAAUCACAAAAUGGUAUCAAAUGUUUAUAUUUUUGAAGGUAUCAUCUCAAAGUUGGAAAUUCCAGCAUCAUGACUACACUACAGUUAUUGUAAAGGUUAUUAUAUGAGUUAUAUGAAAGCAAUAUGGGGGAUUCUAUUGCAUGUGUAUUUGACAUUUCAAAAAAUGAAGGAAUAAAACUCUGAA